AUGUACAAGACGGAAGACGGAAACAAGAAGUUCAGCUUCACACGGUUCAUGUCUAACGCGGUGCCUAAUAUCGCCGGCGCGCCUCAGAACACAGACUUAUCAAACCGGGAAGAGGACCUCGCCUUCAUCCAUCAACUGGGCCAGCACGAUCCUCUCGUUCUCUCUCCAGAGGUAUUCGCGCACGCCGGCGUGACCUCUGAACCGAAGAUCUCAGCUUCCAUUCACAAGGCCUUGAUCAAGAAUGGAGUGCUAGAGCAGAGCUCGCCUACCGUACAUACAGAGAAAAUCACGAAGAACUUCGCGAACCAAGUCCCGGGCAUCACGAGUCAUGCGCAGAAGAAACUGAUCAACUUUCUGUUCUUCUGGGAGGAAGAGGGGCAGCGGUGGAAGAACCUGAGCGGGGAGUUGGAAGAGUUGAAGGUCGUUGUUGCUGAGGAGAAGGAAAGCGGAGGGCACGUGGGGACGUAUGAGAAGCGACAUGCUGAGGUGGAAGGAGAGUUAAAGUUGCUGCCUAGUUUGAGAUCAAAGCAGGCAAGGGAGAGUACGCAGUUGCCGGGUUAUGGGCAGAAGUAG